UUUUGUUAUUGUUGUUGCUAUUAUUAGAUUAAUUCAACACAAACACAAAUACCCAUGCCGACGAGGCGCCACUGAUACGACACACACAGCCACCAGAUCGGAGGGGAACCCCACCCACAGAGAAUGUAAGAAGAUGCGCAUGCGCGGCCGCCGACUGCUCCCGAUCGUCCUGUCGCUGCUCCUGCUUGUCCUGCUCUGCUCCAUCUACUUCUCCGGCCACCAGCGGGAAGCGCCCGCCGCCGACGACGAGUUCCUGCAGCAUCUGCCCGCUGUGGACGGGGAGGAUGACGCCGAUGCCGCCGCUUCCACCUUGCCCGGACGACGUGCAACGUUGCCAGCGGGGCCACUACUGAACUUCACCGACUUCCAAUACCUGCUGCCUAGUAAUGUGUGUCGCAAGGCAGAGCGUGAGCUGCUGGCCAUUUUAAUAGUCACAUCCUAUGCCGGUCACGAUGCCCUGCGCUCUGCCCACCGCCAGGCCAUACCACAGAGCAAGCUUGCCGAGAUGGGGCUGCAGCGAGUGUUUCUACUGGCCGCCUUGCCGCCGCGCGAGCGCUUCCUCAGCCAGGAGCAGCUAGCGAGCGAACAGCAGCGGUUCGGAGAUCUUGUGCAGGGCAACUUUGUGGAGGAUUAUCGCAACCUGAGCUACAAGCAUGUGAUGGGACUACGCUGGGCCUCGCAGGAGUGCAAGGGACAUGCUAAGUUCAUCAUUAAGCUGGACGACGACAUUAUUUAUGACGUAUUCCAUCUGCGGCGAUAUCUGGAGGCCCUCGAAGUGGGUCAGCCUGAACUGGCCACCUCCAGUACGCUUCUGUCCGGCUUUGUGCUGGACGCCAAGCCACCCAUUCGCCUAAAGGCAAACAAGUGGUAUGUGAGCAAGCAGGAAUAUCCGCAUGCCCUGUAUCCGGCCUAUCUAUCGGGCUGGAUGUACGUGACCAAUGUCCCGACAGCAGCCCGGCUGGUGGCGGAGGCGGAACGGGUGCCUAUCUUCUGGAUCGAUGACACCUGGCUGACGGUGGUGAGAGCCAGGCUGGGCAUUCCCCUGGAGCGCCACAACGAUUGGUUCUCGGCCAACGCCGAGUUCAUCGAUUGCUGCGUGCGGGACCUCAAGCAGUACGGCUUCGAGUGCGAGUACUCGGUGGGACCGAACGGUGGCGAUGACCGACUGCUGGUGGAGUUUCUGCACAACGUGGAGAAGUGCUACUUUGAUGAGUGCACCAAGCGGCCGGCGGGCAAGUCGCUGAAGGAGACCUGCGUGGCAGCGGCCAAGUCCCGGGCACCAGAGCAUGGCCUGGCCGAAAUCAAGCCGCUAAAGCUGAGGUGACCACUGCCUGUGGCCGGAAUUUAUGCAUCAUAGAUAAGGAAUAGAUCUAAGGAAUACCAUGUGCAAGGAGGCGAGGGGAGAUACCUCCCCAAGUCAUCCACCUUAGUUUUAGGUUUCUAUUAAGGUAUAUGCGAAGAUUACUCCCUGGGAUCUUGGAUAUGGAGCCCUGUUCCAGGAAAAGCUCCUGUGGUAAUUUCAUCGCAACUGAGAUUAUUUCUUCGAGCAUUGUUCAAGGCAACUCGGAUAAUUAUUGAUCACCAAUUGAUCUUCAAAGUACGAGUGUUUAUAUCCAUAAGAUAUAAAAUAUGACAAACUUUUUUUAAGGCUAACACAAACAGACUCCGUCCUAACCAGUAUGUUAGCUCUAAGGUCCGCCAAUUUCUUUUACAAAUGCAUUUAUACAAUUAAAU